GACGGUGGACAUCUCUUUCUUUCUUGUGUUUGUUGCUUUCUUAUGGACCUGAUUGGGGAGAAAAAAGAAAUAUGCACCUUAGAGAAGAAAGGCAACAUCUUCAUCCUCACCCUUACCGGCUCAGGCGAACACCGGCUGAACCCGGAUCUUAUCGACUCCAUCCGAUCAGCCCUGCGCACAGUGUGUGCUAAGUCAACCUCCCCUUCCUCAGUUCUUAUCACCACAGCCCAGGGAAAGUUCUUUUCCAAUGGUCUUGAUCUGGCAUGGGCACAAUCCUGUCAGCAACGUUUCAAACUAAUGUGUUCAGCACUUCAGUUGCUUGUAUCAGAACUAAUCUCCCUUCCCAUGCCAACAAUAGCUGCAGUCACAGGUCAUGCUUCGGCAGGGGGAAUGAUCUUAGCUUUGAGCCAUGACUUUAUACUCAUGAGGAAAGACAGAGGGUUUCUCUACAUGAGUGAGAUGGACAUUGAGCUUGUCAUUCCUCACCAGUUCAUGGUGUUAUUCAAGUGCAAAAUCGGGGAUGCUAUUGUCAGGCAGGAGGUUAUCCUGAAGGCUGCGAAACUAACAGCAGAGAUGGCGACGGCGAGAGGGAUUGUGCACUCUGCGCACGAUAGCGCUGAGGCGACUGUUGAUGCAGCAGUUAGGCUGGGAGAAGAGCUGCUGAAGAGAAAGUGGAAUGGUGAUGUAUAUGGGAAGAAUAGGAUGGUGCUCCUGAGUGAAGUUUUGGAGGAAUCUAAGUUGGAUAAGGAUGUGGAGGAGAUCAAGACUCUGUCAAAACUGUAAUGUAAGAAAAGUACAACCUGGGAAAUUAAAAGGAAUUUCAGAACUUGUAGAUGCCAGAGAUCUUGGUAGCAAUUCUGAGAUCUUGGAUUAUUGUAACUUACAGAAUAGAAAAUUAUUAACAUGUAAAAGAUUAUGAAUA